GAUAAAAUAAUAUAACAGCUUAAUCCUUUCUUUCUUUUUCUUCUUCAUCUUCUUCCUCUUCUCUCUAGACUUUGAGUGCCUGCCACAUCUUCCACAUCGUCCCACUCAGCCGCCGGUUUUAUUAACGGCCAGUGUAGGGCAUUAUUGUCAUUUGAUACGUCCGGAAAAGUGAAAACAACAACUGAGAGCAACUGGCCAGCGGUGUUUUCUACGGUCGUAAUCUUUACACUAAAAACUCAUUCAAUUCACCCAUCCAUAUACAGCUUCCCAUUAGCAAAAUAAGCAUUAAAAUAAAGACAAUCAUUUCAAUUUGCUUGCUACUCCUCACCAAUUCUUUCUUUUCUUUCAUUCUACUCAAUUCUGUUUCCCUUUUUGUUCGUUUUUACUUCAUUUUUUUGCUAUCUGCUUGACGAUUCAUUACCCAUUUGAGAAAAGUUGCAAUGGAAACUGGGUCGAGCUCAGAUUCUGUGGGCAAGUCUGUGGCAAAGAGAGAAGCAGCUAGGUCUAACACGAAAUCAGGUUCUGUGCUGCCAAAUAUCAAGCCAUUUGUGUCCAGAACUGAUCAUAAUCCAAGAGAGCUGAGAUCUUGGGCUAAGAAAACCGGUUUUGUUUCUACUUUCUCUAGUGAAACCAGUACAAGCAACAGUGAGAAGUUUGAUAGCAGCACUGGUUUUGACUUGGACAGGGGUCAUAACCAUCACAAGAACGGUGCGUUGUCCCCAAAAAUCGAGAUCGACGCGUUUCUGGGUCCGACCAGGCCUGCCAGAGGUUCAGAAAUUGAACCAGCUUCGGGUUCAGCAUCUAGGUCAGAUAAUGAGUUCAGGAAUGGAAAUGAUAGGAACUUGGGAUUGAGGGAUGAGAACAAAAGGAGGAGAAUAGGAGAUGAAUCUGUUCUGGGAGUUGGGGAUGAGGAAGGGAAAUUUGGAUUAAAUGGAAGUGGAAAUGAAACUGGAGGUGGCAAUGGGAAUGGGAAGGGCACCAGAAAUGGGAGAGUAAAUGGUACCGGAAAUGAAAUCCCAGAAAAUAAUCCAGCUACGGAGCCUAAGAAAGAAGAAGAAAAUGGUGGAACUGAUAUUGGAAUUGAGGUGUAUCCUGGUGGGGAUGAUCCUGAUAGUGAAGGGUGGCAAAAACAGAGUGGAAUGAGAUUUGGGUUGAGAGAUAAUCCUGGUUUUGUGCCACUUAUGUAUUAUGGCCUGCAACACUAUUUAUCUUUGGCUGGCUCACUGAUUUUCAUCCCCUUGAUCAUCAUACCAGCCAUGGGAGGAACAGAUAGGGACACUGCUACAGUGAUUUCUACAAUGUUGCUGGUCUCUGGCAUUACAACAAUAUUACACUCCUAUUUUGGUACCCGACUUCCAUUAGUUCAAGGGAGUUCAUUUGUGUAUCUGGCACCGGCAUUAGUUAUCAUGAAUGCACAGGAGUUCCGGAAUCUCUCGGAACAUAAAUUCAGACACAUAAUGAGGGAGCUCCAGGGGGCUAUAAUUGUUGGAUCAAUAUUUCAAAGCAUCUUGGGAUUCACUGGUUUAAUGUCCCUUCUUCUAAGAUUGAUUAAUCCACUAGUGGUUGCACCAACUGUUACUGCAAUAGGUUUAGCAUUUUUUAGCUAUGGUUUUCCACAAGCUGGUAGUUGUGUGGAAGUUAGCAUUCCUCUGAUACUAUUGGUUCUUAUAUUCUCCCUGUAUCUUCGAGGAUUAUCCAUCUUUGGACAUCGCUUAUUCCGAAUUUAUGCAGUCCCCCUGAGUGUCAUGAUUACAUGGACAUAUGCAUUCUUUCUGACGGCUGGUGGAGCAUAUGCUUACAAAGGAUGCAGUCCUGACAUACCAAGUUCAAAUAUUUUACUUGAUGCAUGUAGAAGGCAUGCAUAUACAAUGCAGCAUUGCAGGACUGAUGUUUCUAAUGCAUGGAGAACUUCUGCAUGGGUCAGAAUUCCCUACCCUUUACAAUGGGGUGUCCCGAUCUUCCAUCUGAGGACUUCCUUGAUCAUGAUAAUUGUGUCCCUGGUUGCAUCGGUGGAUUCGGUUGGAACUUAUCACUCUACAUCCUUAUUAGUUAACACAAAGCCUCCAACUCCAGGAAUUGUUAGCAGAGGAAUUGCAUUGGAGGGCUUCUGCAGUUUAUUGGCUGGACUGUGGGGUUCAGGUACCGGUUCAACGACCUUAACAGAAAAUGUGCAUACCAUCAACAUAACAAAGGUGGCUAAUCAGAGGGCUUUGGCUCUUGGGGCAGUUUUCUUGAUCCUUUCCUCAUUUGUAGGAAAAGUGGGUGCUAUUCUUGCUUCUAUACCACUGGCAUUAGCUGCUUCCAUACUUUGCUUCAUGUGGGGCCUUAUCAUGGCACUGGGUCUCUCAACUUUACAGUACAGUCAAACAUCAAGUUUUAGAAACAUCGCAAUAGUUGGUGUUUCAUUGUUCCUUGGUAUGUCAAUUCCCGCCUAUUUUCAGCAGUAUCAGCCUCAAGUCACCUUGAUAUUACCAAGUUAUUUUGUUCCUUAUGCGGCAGCAUCAAGUGGACCAGUCAACACCAGCAGUAAACAAUUUGAUUUUGCGAUAAAUGCUCUUAUGUCCAUGAACAUGGUGGUGACUCUCUUGAUAGCAUUUGUACUUGAUAACACGGUCCCUGGUACCCGACAAGAAAGAGGAGUGUAUAUAUGGUCACAUCCUGAAGACUUGGCUAGUGAUCCAUCAUUACUUGCAGAUUAUUCCCUCCCUAGAAAAGUUUCCCGGUUCUUUUGUUGGUCAAGGUGUUGCCGCACAUAGCAUGUAGUUUUUCUGGCAUUUACUUCGUUGCUUGACCUCUUGGAGAUCGCACUCUGUUCUUAAGAGUAGUUGUGAAGUUCCAGUGUUGAAUUUCUACAGAGAUUGGAGGUAAUGCAGCUCAUACUAUUAGUAAUAUAUUCAUUUUACUGGAAAAAAAAUCAAGAAAUUUCAUACAUCACUAAACUAAAUGAUAUUGUAUCUUGUCAAAGAGAAGUACAUGGUUGAAUUCAUAUUAUAUCAAUAGUUAAGACAUUCUUUGAGAAUAAGGUAUUUCUGGCUUUGUGAAUCCUCUGUUAUAUUUUG